AUGUCUGAUCAGUCUAAGAACGGUGGAUCUCGCCAUUCCAAGCUCGAUGAACUCGACCCUCGAGUCAACGGCGACAAAGGAACCCAGGGCCGUCCUGACGACCAUGUAGAAAAUGCACACGAUCAUGGCAAAUUUUUUUCUCACCAUGAUGGAAUAUCCAACAAACUAGACCCCAGCGAAAAUCCAGAUAAGGAUAACAGUCGCCGCAAGAAUGUCGCUGCUAGCACACCUUUUAUGCCUCAGGCUGGAAAGCCUGCAGGGACUCAAGCUGACCAAGGGGUCAUAUCAGAUCCUGAUCACCGUCGCGAAAACGUUGCUGCCAGCACUCCAUUCAUGCCUCAGGCUGGAAAACCCGCUGGCAAUUCAUCUCUCUGA